AUGUCUGAGCUUCUUGUAGUGAGAAAAAGAAAUAAACGUCACUGUCCUGUAUAUUUCAGCAAGAUUGGAGAAGAAGGGGCUAAGGGAAAACGCAAUCUCAACUUUGGCUUAAAGGAUUCAUCUAAGGCAGCGAGCAACCAUCUGCAAAUCUCAUUAAGCUUCUGGAAUAUAAUUACAGAGACGAUUGGACUCUGGAGAAUAUCCGCAGCAAGCUUGACCUCGAAUCGCAAUCUAUCAACCAUGGUUUCUACUGAAGAUCCAGAGCUCAGAGAUUUCGUUGGUUUCUUAGAAUCACUCAAAAACUAUGAGAAAUCCGGUGUGCCAAAAGGAGCUGGAACUGAUUCCGGUGAAGGGUUCGAUCUCCGUAGAAUGAGACGUCUCAUGCUUCGUCUCGACAAUCCUCAUUUCAAUUACAAGGUUGUUCAUGUGGCUGGAACAAAGGGAAAAGGGUCAACUUCUGCUUUUCUCUCAAAUAUCUUACGAGCUGGAGGAUAUUCAGUUGCUUGUUAUUCUAGCCCACAUAUAUUGAGUAUCAAAGAACGUAUGUCAUGUAAUGGAGUUCCUGUCUCUGCAGCCACUCUCAAUGAUGUCUUCAAGUCAAUAAAACCGAUCCUUGACCAGUCUAUCCAAGAGGAAAAUGGUUCUUUAAGUCAUUUUGAGAUUCUCACUGGGAUUGCCUUUUCGUUGUUUGCUAAACAAAACGUCGACAUUGCGGUUAUAGAGGCUGGGCUUGGAGGAGCUCGAGAUGCUACAAACAUCAUUGAAAGCUCAAAUCUUGCUGCGUCGGUCAUAACAACGAUAGGCGAGGAACAUUUGGCUGCUCUUGGAGGUUCCUUGGAAACGAUAGCAGAGGCCAAAUCUGGAAUUAUUAAACACGGCCGUCCAGUGGUUUUAGGUGGACCGUUUCUUCCUCAUAUCGAAGACAUUCUUCGUUCUAAAGCAGCAUCAAUGUCAUCACCAGUUAUAUUGGCAUCUGAUAUUGGAUCAAAUUCUUCAGUCAAACGCAUCAUCGACAGAAACGGGGUCGGGCUUCGUCAGUCCUGUGAGAUUGUAAUACAAAAUGAGAAAGAUGAUAAACCAAUUGUUGAGCUUGGUGAUGUGAAUCUACGCAUGCUUGGACAUCACCAGCUCCAGAAUGCUGUUACUGCCACAUGUGUGUCUCUCUGUCUUCGCGAUCAAGGAUUUGGGAGAGUUACAGAUGAAGCUAUAAGGAUUGGUUUAGAGAACACUCGUUUACUUGGUAGAAGUCAGUUUCUGACACCAAAAGAAGCAGAGGCUUUACAGUUACCCGGAGCAACAGUGCUUCUUGAUGGAGCUCACACGAAAGAUUCUGCGCGAGCUCUAAAGGAGAUGGUAAAGAAGGAUUUUGCAGAGAAGAGAUUGGUGUUUGUGGUUGCAAUGGCUAGUGACAAAGAUCAUGUCUCCUUUGCGAAAGAGCUUCUCUCAGGUCUAACACCAGAAGCAGUGGUUCUAACGGAAGCUGAUAUUGCUGGAUCUAAGGUUAGAUCAACGGCCUCUUCUGUUUUGAAGGAAUCAUGGACAAAAGCUGCUGAUGAAUUGGGAUCAGGGUCUAUAAAAGUGUCAGAAAACAAAACUGUGUUUGGAUCUUUAAAGCUUGCCUAUAAGAUUCUCACCGAUCACAUAACCGGUGAUGACUCAGGAAUGGUUAUAGUCACUGGUUCACUUCACAUUGUAUCCUCAGUCUUAGCUUCUCUUCAACAUUAG